AUGGAGUGUGAAAAAAUAGAAAACUACAUUUGGGUCUUGGAGAAGCUAAAAGGCAUGAUGGAUCCCAACGCACUUCCGUCCGUUAUUGUCACGGAUAGGGAGUUGGCGCUUAUGAAUGCCAUCAUAAAUAUUUUCCCUCAUGCUACCGACCUCCUAUGUAGGUGGCAUAUUGGCAAGAACAUAUUAGCCAAGUAUAGAAAGAUGUUUGAUGACAAGAUGCUAGGGGGAGCUGUUUCGUUGAAUGCCAUGACACUUGUUUUAGCGGUGUCCCAUCAAGUCGAAUGGUUUAUGGAAUCAAAGCGUGAGUGCGAGUGUUCUUUGAGGCACACCCAUGGUUUACCUUGCGCUCAUGAGAUUGCUCCUUACAAGAUGGCAAAUAUCCCCCUAUCGAUUGAGUUAAUCCAUGACUAUUGGAAGAAGCUUUCUUUGCUUGCACCCCAGAAUGAGGGUUUGAUGAAGGAGACGCUUUUGGCUCACUUUGAUUGUUUUUACAAUAAGUUCUUGAAUGAAGAUCAAUAUGAUGUAAAGGCCAUCAAAGAGAAACCGCGGCGCAGUCUGAAAGGGAAAGCAAAAGUUCCAGCACAACUUUGGAUAUGUCCCUUCAUCAACCAUUUCCCGAAAGCAAUAAAACCUUACAUAAAAUCGGUCAAGAAAGUUGAAGAUGAUGGGAAUUGUGGGUUUCGGGCAGUGUCGGGCUUCAUGAAAGGCGAUGUUCAUGAGUGUUCGGCGCCCCGGGAAAAUUGGAUGACAAUGCCAGACAUGGGUCACAUCAUAGCAUCUGCUUAUAAUUGUGUCCUUGUCCAUUUAUCAAAUAUUCAAUGUCUUACGUUCCUCCCCCUCCGAUCAGAGCCCUUACCCUCCAUGAAACAAAAGGAUAUUGCUAUCAGGUUUGUUGAUGGUGAACACUUUGUACAAGUAUUCCUAAAGUCGGGUUCCCCUAUGGCACCAAUAGCUUGCAAUUGGAAAAGACAUCGUCUUUCUAUCACUAAAAAUUGGGAUGUAGCACAUGUUGCGGCCAUUCAUAAGUUCAACGAGAUUAUCGGCGUUGACGUAGCAACAAAGGAGAGAAAAGGUGACCUCACCCAUUCAGUCCUGGAAAAGCCAGACGUUAACCCCGCAGAAAGAAACAAAGGACAUGCUGUCUUUGUCUCUUUUGUACCUCUUGCUCCUUCCCUCACCCCACGAGAUUUCUCCUCCUUUCCCCUUACUAAUCAUCGACCAAUCGCACCUCUCCAGCUCAUACGUAUUUUUACAUGUAAGCGAACCUCUGCGGAACCCCUACCUACAUUAGGCGACUCUGCUAGGGAGGUGUCUUUUGGUUUAUGGAGAGCAAUGACACAUCAAGAUACUACAAUACCAAUUGUCAAGGAGGUAGACGAGACCAACAGCGCGGGCGUAGCUGCGCAAACGCUGAGAGCCCUCCAGGACGGUCAGCAACAGUUCCUCGAGACGUAG